CAAGCCAUCGCCGUCCAUUGCUGCUCAGUGGUCAGUUGCUUGUGGUCGCUUGACUUACGUGAAGUGUGACGUACCAAGUUUUAUACACUUCGGUUUUUGCCGAUUAACUAAUAAAAAAAGGGUUCAAAGCAGCAAGCAAGAUGAGGGAAAUCGUUCACCUCCAAGCCGGUCAGUGCGGAAACCAAAUUGGAGCAAAGUUUUGGGAAAUCAUCAGUGACGAGCAUGGCAUUGACCCUACUGGUGCCUACCAUGGAGACUCAGACCUCCAGCUGGAAAGAAUCAACGUCUACUACAAUGAGGCGUCUGGAGGAAAAUACGUGCCCCGUGCUAUCCUCGUCGACUUGGAGCCCGGAACCAUGGAUUCUGUACGAUCGGGACCCUUUGGUCAAAUCUUCCGACCCGAUAACUUUGUAUUUGGCCAGAGUGGAGCUGGUAAUAAUUGGGCCAAGGGUCACUACACCGAGGGAGCCGAGCUAGUCGACUCUGUCUUGGACGUUGUCAGGAAAGAGGCUGAAAGCUGCGACUGCCUGCAGGGAUUCCAGCUGACCCAUUCACUUGGAGGUGGUACCGGAUCCGGCAUGGGCACUCUUCUCAUUUCCAAGAUUCGCGAGGAGUAUCCCGACAGAAUCAUGAACACAUACUCUGUUGUCCCGUCGCCAAAAGUGUCCGACACUGUCGUUGAACCCUAUAACGCCACUCUCUCAGUUCACCAGCUCGUUGAAAACACAGACGAGACCUAUUGUAUCGACAACGAAGCUCUCUAUGACAUUUGCUUCCGCACACUUAAACUUUCCACACCCACAUACGGCGACCUUAACCAUCUCGUAUCCCUCACCAUGUCCGGAGUGACGACCUGUUUGAGGUUCCCUGGUCAGCUCAAUGCUGAUUUGCGAAAACUCGCCGUCAACAUGGUCCCCUUCCCCCGUCUACAUUUCUUCAUGCCCGGAUUUGCACCGUUGACGUCUCGUGGAAGCCAGCAAUAUCGAGCACUCUCUGUUCCGGAAUUGACACAACAAAUGUUUGACGCGAAGAACAUGAUGGCAGCAUGUGACCCAAGACACGGAAGGUACCUGACGGUGGCUGCCAUCUUCCGUGGCAGGAUGUCGAUGAAGGAGGUUGACGAGCAGAUGCUCAAUAUUCAGAAUAAGAACAGCUCGUACUUUGUGGAAUGGAUUCCAAACAAUGUCAAGACGGCCGUCUGUGACAUUCCACCUCGUGGACUGAAGAUGUCUGCCACCUUUAUUGGAAACUCGACCGCCAUCCAGGAAUUGUUUAAGCGUAUCUCUGAACAGUUUACGGCUAUGUUCAGGAGGAAAGCUUUCUUGCAUUGGUACACGGGCGAGGGUAUGGAUGAGAUGGAAUUCACUGAAGCUGAAUCCAACAUGAACGACUUGGUAUCUGAGUACCAGCAAUACCAGGAGGCUACCGCCGACGAGGAUGCGGAAUUCGACGAAGAGCAAGAAGGCGAAGUUGACGAAAACUAGAUAUUUCAAAAUCACCUUAAUCAAAACAAUGAAAAAAAAAAGAAAGAAAGAAAGAAAUGUCACGUAAAAAUGGUAAAAGCAAAUAGGCGCGCAAAGUUAGGGAGAUUCUAGACUCGAAAAGCUCUAUGCUUCUUUAUACCUUUGUGUUCUCGUAUAUUUACCCUUUUUUCUUGCACUGAUUUUUUUGUCUUUUUUUUUUUUUUGACUCAACAUCAGCUAGACGCACAAUUCUCUCACAUGCUCUCGUUUCACUUUAUUCAUGUAAGUAUAUACUGUCUGGCUCUGGAAGUAACAAAAUGACAUCUCCUUUCUGAUUUCUGUGCUGUCUUUAGAAACACAUUCUCUAUUUUAAUGACUUCUCAGUGUAUAAUCGCCGCCGCGAGUACGUCUUUUAAUAAAUUAUUAUUGAUAAAAA